AUGGCGGCACGAAAACUGCAACAAGAAGUCGACAAGUGCUUCAAGAAGGUGGCAGAAGGUGUUGCCGAAUUCGAGUCCAUCUACGAGAAGAUCGAGCAAUCGAGCAACAUAUCGCAAAAGGAGAAAUAUGAGGACCAACUCAAGAGAGAGAUCAAGAAGUUGCAGCGUCUGCGUGAUCAGAUAAAGACGUGGGCAGCCAGCAAUGACAUUAAGGACAAGGCCCCGUUACUAGAGAACAGGAGAAAGAUCGAAACGCAAAUGGAGAGGUUCAAAGCCGUCGAGAAGGCUAUGAAAACAAAAGCCUACUCCAAGGAGGGACUGUCGGCGGCGGCCAAGCUCGAUCCCAAAGAGCAGGCCAAGGCUGAAGCAAGCGAGUUCCUUGGAAACAUGAUCGACACCCUCGAACUACAAAUCGAGGCGCUCGAGGCCGAGGCUGAGCAAAUACAGGCGACGGUCAAAAAAGGCAAAAUACAAGGCGCGAAAGCGGAGCGCAUGGCCAACAUCGAGCAAAUAAUCGAAAGGCACAAAUGGCAUCAAGGCAAGCUAGAGUUGAUUCGACGAUCAUUAGAAAAUGGCGGGGUCGACACUGAGCAGGUCACGGACAUUGAGGAGAACAUACGAUACUAUGUCAGCGACGGCAUGCAGGACGACUUUAUGGACGACGACACGUUAUACGACGAUUUAGCGCUCGGCGAGGAGGAGGAUGCCUACGGCAUGAACCAAGAUAACGACAAGGGCUCAUCCCAGGACACGCAGUCAGUACACGAGGAUUCUUUGGAAGAAUCGAGACCAACACCACCCGCACCGACCGCGAAGCCACGACCCGCAGCGGUAGAAGCAACAGCGGCCGCCGGCCGCAGGCCGUCAACGCAGAUGAAGUCCCCGUUACCGACAUUAGCGACCUUACAUACGCCACUACCAACCAUUAGCAACGGUCCGUCAAGUAGUGCGGGGAUGAAGCCAGCGCCGGCACCGACAAGGCCGGCCGGGGAGGGUCUUAAAUAUGCGUCUGCCGCCGCCGCCGCCGCCGCAAGCGAUAAGAACAAUGUAGGCAUUGCGCCGCUUCCCCCGCCACCGGGAGCUGCUCCUGUAUCGACCAUCUCAUCACAAGCCAAGGCCAGCGCUGCAAACUCUCCAAUCGUUAUGGCUGCGCAGCCUGCAGCUUCCGCCGCCUCACAACCGCAAGCGCAACCACCGGCCGCAGCUGCUAGCCCCGCAAAGACUGAAAACGCAAAGCCUGCAUCAAGUAGGAGUACAGGCAAAGCGCCCGCCACGUCAAACGCAUCAGCUUCUGAGUCUAGUGAGGCUGCGGGCAAGGCCAGCAGCUCAAAAACAAGAAAGGGCACCUCGGGAGAAGGCGCAAAUCAAUCUUCAGCGACCACCUCCCAAACCAAUGGGGUCACAAAUGGUAUCAAGUCAAAGGCCAAGGCAAAGCCAGGAAAAGGUCAGGGACAAGCGCAACCGCAAGAGGAGCCAGCAGAGGAGGAAUCUAUUUACCACCUACCAGCGUCACUUCAAGAUCUUGUAGACUCGUACGAGAUGUCCAAGAAGCGCCCAGCUCAAGCAAACUCGACGUCGACGCUGAGGGCCAUGUCGCACUCGCAAGCAAAUCUGCCCGAUUUAACGGAUGCAGAGGCACCAUCAUCCUACCAACCAGAAGUUAGGGUGCAGUCUUCGUCCGAGUACCCGCAAGAACUGUUGCCUAUCUUCAGCGAUGUACGCUUGUACAACAGGCUGGACACGGAUACGCUGUUCUAUAUCUUUUACUAUAAGCAGGGCACCUACCAGCAGUAUUUGGCUGCCAAGGCGCUCAAGGAGCAGAGCUGGCGUUUCCACAAGCAGUACCAAACCUGGUUUCAACGCCACGAGGAGCCCAAGAACAUCACCGAGGAGUUUGAGCAAGGCACGUAUCGCUUCUUUGACUAUGAAAGCACUUGGAUGAACCGGAGGAAAGCGGAUUUCAAGUUCGCAUACAAGUUCCUCGAGGACGAAGUCUAA